GGAAAAUCAAACCUCACACUUCUUCUCUUUCUCUGCAACUUUGCUUUCUGUUUUUGGUGUAGUGACUAGUGAGAGAGAGAGAGAGACAGAGAGUCAUCUUCCCUUCUGAGAUGGGAAGAGGAAGAGUGGAGUUGAAGAGGAUCGAGAACAAGAUCAACCGGCAAGUUACCUUCGCCAAACGAAGGAAUGGCCUUUUGAAGAAAGCUUACGAACUUUCUGUCCUUUGCGAUGCCGAAGUUGCUUUGAUCAUCUUCUCUAAUAGAGGAAAGCUGUACGAGUUCUGCAGCAGUUCCAGCAUGUUCAAAACGCUCGAGAGGCAUCAGAAAUGCAGCUAUGGAGCACCGGAGACAAAUGUGUCCACAAGGGAAAUACAGGAACAACAUAGCUAUCAGGAGUACUUGAGACUUAAAGCACGAGUGGAGGCCCUACAACGGACCCAAAGGAAUCUCCUGGGAGAGGAUCUAGGCCCACUGAGCGGCAAGGAGCUUGAGUCACUUGAAAGGCAGCUCAAUAUGUCGUUGAAGCUCAUCAGAUCGACCCGGACUCAAUACAUGCUCGACCAACUCUCCGAUCUUCAGAAAAGGGAUCAAAUGCUUACUGAAGCUAACAGGACAUUGACAAGAAGGCUGGAGGAAGGGAGCCAAGCAAAUGCAAGUCACUGGGAUCCAAGCGCGCAUGGUGUUGGGUAUGAAAGACAAUCAGUUCAUCCUCACGGCGACCAAUUCUUCCACCCCUUAGAGUGCGAGCCCACAUUACAAAUCGGGUACGACACAAUAACCUCUGUGUUUUGAGAAUAAAGUAAAUAUCCAAACACUAC